GAAGAAUAUAAUGAGAGAGAUAGAGUAAAAGGAGAGAGAGAUAACGAUAGGAAGAAAAUGGUGAAUUCAGAGUUAUCUUCUGGAUGAAGUUUUUUCCCCAUAGAUUUCUAUCAAUCCCAAUUUCACUAAGAGGAGGAGAAGAUGAAGAAGGAGAUGAUAGAAGAGGUGGUGAUUGUAGGAGGUUUAGUAAUGGUACAAUUUGUAUACGCAGGCAACUCUUUGCUCAUGAGUUAUUUGAUGUCACUCGGUCUCGGCCCUUUCACCAUUGUCAUCUUCUCUACCUUUGCCACUUUCUUAAUCCUCUCCCCUUUCGCCAUUCUCUUCGAAAGGAAGCAAUGGCCAAAAGAGCUUAGCGCUAGGCUGAUUGGUAAGCUAGUUUUGAUCUCCUUUGCAGGGGUUACUCUGUUCCAGUCUCUGUUUCUGGAAGGAAUCAGGUUGACGUCACCAGCAAUGGCCACAGCGAUGCCUAAUCUCGCUCCUGGUCUCAUUUUCUUUAUUGCUUGGAUCGUUAGGUUGGAGAAGAUGAAUAUGAAAUGCGUGUACAGCAAACUGAAGAUCUUAGGGACAUUGUUGUGCGUGUUCGGCGCUUUGACAAUGAGCUUAAUGCACAGCGCUUCGAUCAUUCAAGAUGAAAAAGAUAAUGCUUCAAUAUUCGUGUUUGAUCGAGACAGAGUCGUGGGAUGUAUCUACCUUCUCGGAGCUGUCUUUGUCUUAUCCACCAACGUCGUCCUUCAAGCUUCGACGUUGGCUGAGUUUCCAGCACCGAUUUCGUUAAGUGCGAUAACGGCAUUGAUCGGAGUGUUGAUAACAAUGCUGGUACAGUUAUUACAAAACCAGAGCGGGAAAGUACUUACUAGAUCACUCAUUAGUAUUGGUAACCUCGUCGGUUUUUCUCUUCUGGGAGGGAUGGUGAGUGGAGCAUGUGUUAGCUUUAAUGGAUGGGCGAUGAAGAAACGUGGACCGGUUAUGGUUUCAAUGUUUAGUCCUUUCGCUACGGUUAUCUCAGUUGGUUUCUCUGUUUUGACAUUAGGAGAGUCCAUUUGCCUUGGAAGUGUGGGAGGAAUGGCGUUGAUGUUUAUGGGACUGUACCUCGUGUUAUGGGCUAAAGGCAAAGAAGGAUUCUCACAAAUUGAGAGUUUUGAGUGUGAAUUCGACGCUAAGAAGCCUCUUUUGUCUUGACAAUUUUUUUUUUUUCUUUUUCUUCUUUCCCACAGAUCAAUCUGUAUACAAAAAUUGUCAGAUAUUGAAUAUAUUGAGGGUUGUAGGCUCUAUAUUUGUAGUCAAGAUUUUA